UAUAUGUGAUGUGUUUAAUGAUUCUGGUGGUAUGCAGACUUUGAAUUCAUUCGUUGUGAAAAACAAUGUGAGGUUUUCUUCUCAUUCUGCUUCACUGACUCGAUUUAUAGCACAAAUCAGUCAAGAGGAGAAUAAAAUCAUCUUCACCAUAACUGACAAUCCCAUGGUAGGCGAUCAUUGUAGUGGUUUCUUCUUCCAAAUGAUUAUAAAGUGAAUUUGCUCUAUAUUUCAUCAGAACAGGCAAAAAAGUUUGUUUUGUUUUGUUUUGUUUGUUUUUUUUAAAUCACAUAACACUGGACUGAAUUAUUGAUAUUCUUUAACACCACUUAAUAUUCCUGAGACACAAAAUACACUAAUAUCCUAGUGAUCAGUUCUCAUUUCUUUUAUUCCCAUGUGAAUUGAAAUGGCAGAUUCUUUAUCCUCUCCUGAUAAAUCUGCUGAAACAUCUCGUUCUGGGCCACUGUGAAUGUAUUCUACCCAUCUUCCAGCCUUCUUCAGGUUCUUGAAGGUUGUUUUCUCCAUGACAUGACGCAGAGCAGCUUCACUCAGAUCUCGACGCAAGAACCUGCUGAUCUUCUCCACAGCUGACCUCAGAUCCUGAAAUGUGCAGGACACAUGUCCAGACACCAGGCUGACAUCACGCUCAACAGAACUCAUCAGAAGAGUGUAGGUUCUGCUGUUUAUAACACAAACCUACAAUAUCUUCAUAACUUUUUUAAAUUCUAUAGUACAUUCCCACUGAACACAAAUUCAGCAUCUGAAAUUCUUUAUAGUCAGUUUCUAUAAGAAGAAAUGUUUCAUUUAAUUCUUUCUGAAGUGUCUUUACUUUAGAGAAAUCCUAUCUUUCUUUCUUUCUUUCUUUCUGUCUUUCUUUCUUUCUUUCUUUCUUUCUUUCUUUCUUUCUUUCUUUCAGAUGCACUGAAUAUAUCCUAUGCUGUAUAUACUGUAUAUAAAAGGAGCUUUUUUUCUGUUCAUAACCAUCAUGUGCUAUGUUAAUCUACCUUUAGCCCUGUUACAGUGCUUGUGUGUGUACUUUGAGUUAGCAUGAUAAUAAAAUAGGUUGUAAAAGCAGGUUAAUCACAAACCCUGCAAUCCAUACGAGGGAAAAGAUUACUGCGGUUAGAUUUACUGUCAUUCACACUGUCUUCCUGAUCAGUUGUAUGACUCAAUACAGGUAAAGUUCAGGGUUUUAUUUUGGAGUUUAUUGGUUAAGCUUGAAACAGUGAAUGAGUUUUAGAAUUUAGACUCUUAAAGUUUCUUGAAAGUUUGAUCAAAAAGGGAUGCAACAACACUGAAGGCUAUGGGAGAACCACGAGGAUCACUCAGUCACGACCAUUCUCAGACCCUGUCUCCUGUCCAGACCAUAAACCUGGUCCUGAUUGGUGAGAGAGAGGCUGGGAAGAGUGCAGCUGGAAACGCCAUCUUGGGAACCAUGGCCUUCGACCAGGUCGGGGUGAGAACCAGGACAAGCGUGCGUCGAGAAGGUGUAGUAAGAGGAAAGCGUGUUGUGGUGGUGGACACACCAGGCUGGGACUGGUUUAACCUGAGCGGCUCCUUUGCAUCCCCUGUCACUGUGAGGAAGGAGAUGAUCUCAAGUAUGACCCUGUGCCGCCCAGGUGCUCACGCUCUGCUGCUGGUGGUUCCUCUAUCGUUCUCCUUCACCGCAAGGGAGCGCCAUGUUGUGGAGGAACAUGUAGAUCUGUUUGGACCACAAGCCUGGAGACACGCACUGGUCCUGUUCACUGUGAUGGACACCAAGCGCCUCCGUGACUCCACCUUGCAGGAUGAGGUGGAGGUGAAUAGCGAGCUGCAAAAGCUGGUGGAGAAGUGUGGCGGGUGGUACCAUGCUCUCCAUGGAAGACCCACGAGAGGAGAAGACCAGGUCGCAGAGCUUUUGUCUAAAAUCCAAGAGAUGGUGUUUGCUGACGGAGAAUCGAUGCUCCUCAGUGACCAAGUGCUCAAAUGGUACAGGGAGAGAGAGGAGCAGGAGGAGAGGCAAGAAGAAGAAGAGAUGAGAAAGAGAGAAGAGAAGAUGCAAAGAGUCAAGCAGUCUCUCAGGAAGAAGGAGAUGGAAAGGAGGAUGAGAAGAGAUAAAAUAAAAGUUGGUGAAAAGGAGGAAAACAGAUGGCAGAAAAAAGAUGUUCACAAGGAAAUGAAUGGUACAGAACUUCAGGAGCCAUCAGUGACUGUGCGAGAUGGGACAUAUUUCACUCAGGUCUGUAAGACACAGUAGAAGAAACAGGAAAAGAUGGAGAGGUGCAAGCUACUACACAAGUUGAUUUAUUUAUUUUUUGGAGACUCUUGGA